AUGGCAAUGUUUACACUUGACAAAUUCGAAUGUGAAGGCGAAAUAGGGUCUGUUGCAGUUAGGUGGGAACGGUGGAAACGCAGUUUAUACAUAUAUUUAGUAGCAGCUGGCAUUGACACAGAAGUGAAGAAAAGAGCAUGCUUACUUCAUUUCGGGGGCGUGGAAUUACAAGAGGUUUUCUAUAAUAUACCCGGAGCGAAUGUAACGCCAGGCAACACUAACGACGGAAAGGUAUUCGAAAUUGCAAUUCAAAAAUUAGAUGAGUACUUUGCUCCUAAACAAAGCAAAGGAUUCGAGCGGCACCUAUUUCGACUUAUUAAGCAAGAACCACAGGAAAAAUUUGAAAAAUUUCUAAUAAGAUUAAGACAUCAGGCAACAAAAUGUCAGUUUACAAAUAUAGAAGAACAUAUAAUGGAACAAAUAACAGAAAAAUGUUCGUCGGAUGACCUUAGGAAAAAAAUCUUGAAGACUGGCGACAAAAUGACUUUGGAUGAUAUUAUUUCAGAGGCUAACGCAUUAGAAGUUAUAGAAAGACAAUUAGGAAAUUUUGGAGGCAAGAAAUUAGAAAGUCAGGAGGUAAACAAGAUUAUUACAAGAAGAGAGAGGAACCAGGAUAUAAGGAAACGUGCAGCUUGUAGUCGAUGUGGGAGCACGAACCAUUUUGCCCGCGAUUCAAAAUGCCCUGCCAAGACUAAGAGUUGUCAUAAAUGUGGAAUUAUAGGCCAUUUUCAAAGACAGUGCCGAACCAGGGACGGACAGAAGAGAAAAUCGGAUCGAGAGGAAGAAACUCAUAAUAAGGAUUUGAAAAAAUUCAAACGAAACAUUGAAGAAACUGCUAAUGUAGCUUCUACGAGCAAACAAUUCGACUACAUCUUCAAUGUAAACACGGGUCCUACAGUAUCGUGUGAAAUAGGCGGUACGGAAGUAAACAUGUUAAUAGACUCUGGCUGCAAUCAUAAUUUAAUCACGGACAGGACAUGGCAAUUUAUGAAACGGAGCAACUCAAAAGUUACUAACCAAAACAAGAACCCGCAAAAGAAGUUUGUUGCAUAUGGUAGUAGAACUCCAUUGAAAUUACUGGGAGCUUUUGAUGCGGAUAUAAAACUAGGGAAAAGAUUGGACCAAGCUACUUUUUAUGUGAUCUCCGGGGGUACCCGUAAUUUGCUGGGCAAAAUAACAGCAACCUCAUUAGGAGUUCUACAAAUCAAUAUACCAACAGCUGUUAAUAAUGUGGAAUGGAAAGCCUUUCCUAAAUUUAAAGACGUGCUCGUGGAGAUCCCAAUUGACAAAUCAAUAAAACCAGUUGCACAACCUUAUCGCCGAAUACCCAUUCCUCUUGAAGUCAAGGUCGAGGACAAGAUUAAGGAAUUGCUGCAGAAGGACAUAAUUGAGGAGGUCAAAGGUCCUUCCAAUUGGGUUUCACCGAUCGUACCUGUACUAAAGGACAACGGUGAAGUUCGAUUAUGUGUGGACAUGCGUCGCGCAAACGUGGCCAUUAAACGAGAAAACCACCCACUUCCAACUAUGGACCAACUGCUGCCCAAGAUGAGAGAAGCAAAAUUAUUCACCAAACUGGAUAUACAAGACGCUUUCCAUCAUAUUGAGCUUCACCCUGACUCGAGACCUAUAACUACGUUUAUAACUGGCAAAGGAUUGUUCCGCUUCAAAAGAAUGAUGUUUGGCAUCACCUGUGCGCCAGAAAUCUUCCAAAAGACGUUGGAGAGGAUUCUUUUAGGGUGUGACGGGGUGAUCAACUUUAUAGAUGACAUUCUAGUAUUCGGGAAGGAUAAGAUGGAACACGACGACAGGUUAGAAAAAGUUUUAAAAGUAUUGGAUAGCUAUAAUGUCGUUUUAAAUAAAGAAAAAUGCAUUUACCGAGCUAGAGUAGUCAAAUUCUUAGGACACGAACUUUCAGAAAGUGGGGUUAGACCUCUAGACAAAUACUUAUCUGCUAUCAAAAACUUUAGAGCACCUGCGACCAUAUCUGAAUUACAAAGCUUUCUGGGGUUAGUAAAUUUUGUCGGAAAAUGGAUCCCUCACUUAGCAACGACCACAGAGCCUCUUAAAGAGUUACUUCGGCAGAAAGCAGGAAGAAAUUCCGACAUUACAGGGUCGUGGAAUGAAGCUCGACAAGCUGCUUUUAAUAAAUUAAAAGCUUCUCUUGUUGACAUAUCAUGUCUGGGUUAUUAUAAUCCUAAAGAUAAAACCACAGUUAUUGCAGAUGCGAGCCCUGUUGGACUGGGAGCAGUACUAAUUCAAACCAAUGAUGAAGGUUCUAGGAUUAUAGCCUAUGGGAAUAAGACACUAACUGAAUGUGAACGUCGGUAUUGUCAAACCGAAAAAGAGGCACUGGCACUGGUCUGGGCCAUCGAACACUUUAAUAUGUUCCUUUACGGAAAAGACUUUGACCUGGUGACGGAUCACAAACCACUAGAGACAAUAUUUGGCCCCAAGUCCAAGCCUUGUGCCCGUAUCGAAAGAUGGGUACUGAGACUGCAGUGUUAUAGAUUUAACAUCAAAUAUAGCCCUGGUAAAAAUAAUAUAGCCGACCCACUAUCGCGACUUAGCAAGUCAUCCGAUGAUCCUCCACUAGUGGGUGUAGACUAUGUUCAACAUGUGAUAGACCAAGUAAAACCUGUAGCUAUUCCAUUACAAGAAAUUAUCGAAUGCUCUCGUCAGGACGCGGAAAUACAACAGUCAAAAAGGAAUGAGUUAUGCUUCUAUGAAGAUAUUUUGCUAAGGGGAACUAAAAUUGUAAUCCCGAAGAAACUGAGAGACCAAAUUUUACGUAUAACUCAUGAGGGGCACCCAGGUGUAUCAGCAAUGAAAACAAGACUGAGAACUAAAGUCUGGUGGCCAAAAUGCGACAAGGACGCGGAGAACUUUUGUAAGGCAUGCAAAGGUUGUGUUCUUGUUUCCGCUCCUAAUCCUCCUAAUCCUUUAAAGAGAAGAGAGCUACCUUCAGAUUCUUGGGUUGAUACUGCUAUUGACCUGAUGGGACCAUUACCUAGUAAUGAUUAUAUUCUGGUAAUAGUAGAUUACUACUCCAGAUACAAAGAAGUAAAAAUAUGUCGGACGAUAACAAGCUUAGAAAUAAUCAGCCAACUGAAAGAUGUUUUCAGUAGGCUAGGCAACCCAGUAUCAAUCACGGCAGACAACGGACGUCAAUUCACUAGUGAAGAGUUCAAACUAUUUUGUUUAGAAAGAAACAUAAAGUUAUACAACACCAUACCCUACUGGCCCCAACAGAAUGGGGAAGUAGAGCGGCAGAAUAGAGAUAUUUUGAAACGCCUCAAAAUCUGUCAGGUUGAGAAGAAGAAUUGGAAGGAAUCUUUGCGAGAGUAUAUGGUUAUGUACAACAGCACACCUCACACAGUGACGGGCAAAACUCCUUCGGAAUUAUUCUUUCGGCGACAGUUUAGAGAUAAACUACCAAUGCUACAAGACAUGACCUACAACUCUGAAGAUUUGGAAAUGAAAGAUAGAGAUAAAGAGCAAAAGGAAAAAGGGAAGGAGUACGCGGAUAGGAAGAGACGAGCAGUGAAUGGUGAUUUGGACAUAGGUGAAAAGGUCUAUCUAAGGAAUAUAAGUAAAAGUAACAAAUUGAGUUUAAAUUAUGAACCAACAAGUCACACUGUCGAGUCGAACAAAAAUGGAGAUGUGGAAGUUCGCAAUGAUACAACGGGCCAAGUGGUAAGGCGAAAUAUUUUACAUUUAAAACGAGUGGAAGGACAGUGGAAGGCAGUUGAGACAAGUGACACGGAUAAAAUGGGUAGUACCGAAAUCGAUUCUGAGUAA